AUGGACGAGUCUGGAGAUCCCGAGUAUGCCAGCUUCGGCCUCCAUGCGCCAGCUAACCUGGCAGACCGCGAUCAGUUGUACCAUCCCUUUUGGGCAUAUUCCGACACUGUGGCGCCCUCUAAUCUGAGCCUCCACGACGCAUACCACCCAUCUCACGAUGACCGCUGCAUCGACUUGUGUCGUGUCGCCUCCGCUCCGCAGAGACAGCAGCCCGGAGCCUAUCCGCCCUCCCACAACCAGAGAGCACGCAAUGUUACUACCUCUCCGUCGUACGGAUCUGGGCUCUUUGCCGUGCCGUCCCACAUAGCGUACAUCCCGCCGUGGAACUGUGUAUUCCCUGAAGAGCAAGAUAUAUUCACGCCCCAUCACCUCAACCAUGGCUACGCCAACCCAACUACUCAAGGCUUUACCAAGGACGACCUCGGCACGUUAGCGGACCACGUACCAGAUGAUUGCCUAGAGCCGGCAGUACACAAGCCAUGCAAUCAUACCCCUACCGAACAUGUCGUCGCGCAUGCUCUGAGUAACAUGGGAGCACCGGGAGUCUCCAAUGCACAAAAUCAAACGGCACUGCAGCAGCCGUUCUCCUCGCUUGAGAUAACCGCACAGCCGACAGCGAACCACCAAGUUUUUGCCACUCCCACCGAGCCCGACCGAGACCUAGCAUCUUCGCCUUUCAUCAUCACGCAGCCGGCGUGCUCGAAGGAAGUCUCGCAAGAGAUUGAUGGACCAACCGGGCUGCCUUGUCAGUGGCUUGUUGAUUCCGCGGAUUCGGCCACCGAGAAGAAGCCUUGUGGCCACAUUCUCGAGAAUGUUGGCGAACUACAGACGCACAUAGAGAAGGACCAUGUUUCUCAGAUGUCGGGCAACUACCCGUGUAUGUGGAAAGGCUGCACCCGACAGGAGAAUGGCCAGCCCUUUACGGCGCGAGGCAAGCUGAACCGUCACGUCAACACUCACAGUGCUUAUAAACCUUACGAAUGCGUGGAGUGCCAUCAGGGGUUUUCGGCACAGCAAGCCCUUGACCAGCAUAUCAGGAUCCACACAGGAGAUAUGCCGUACAAGUGCCCUUACCAUGAUUGCGGCAAAAAGUUCAAGCAAAAGAGUGCCCUCACCAUGCAUCAAAGGACACACACUCAAGAAAAGCCGCUCAAGUGUGACGUUUGUGGCAGAUGUUUCGGCGAAUCAUCCAACCUAUCCAAGCAUCGCAAGAUUCAUAAGGCCCAUUUCAAUCACAUAUGUUCCGAAUGUGGCAGGGGAUUCAUUCGUCUGGACCAACUGAAGAGACAUGAGGGGGCGCAUGAAAGACAUAAGAAGAAGCUGGACGCCCGAUCGCGGGCGCAGCAGAGUACACCUUCUGCAGGGCCGACCACUCCAGAAGAUACGCCAUUCUUCGCAUCAUCGAAAGACGAGCAGUUCAGUCAAUCGUCUCAGAUGGAAGAGUAG